GCGGGGCGGCCGCCAUCAGGCACCGCCCCUAACGGCUGCGGCUCUCGGCGCCAAAAUUUGAUCCUGGCGGGCAUCGGGGAGCGGCUCCGGGCGCGGGCGAGCUAGUGAGGCACUGGCGUCGGGGAGCGGCUCUGGACAGGGUAUAUAGGAUUAUAAUCCGGAUACCUUUCUCAGUGCUUCUCAGAGGAAUUCUUUGCCUGGGCCCUUAGGAACAUUGAAAAGAUGUACAUUAAGUCAAUUGUUCUCGACGGUUUUAAAUCCUAUGCUCAGCGGACAGAAAUUAAUGGCUUUGACCCGUUAUUCAAUGCCAUUACUGGCUUGAAUGGUAGUGGCAAAUCCAAUAUCUUGGACUCCAUCUGUUUCGUGCUGGGAAUCAACAAUCUGUCACAGGUGCGAGCUGCCAGCUUGCAAGAUCUAGUUUAUAAGAGUGGGCAAGCUGGAAUUACAAAGGCAACCGUGUCUAUUAUCUUUGAUAAUUCAAACAAAAGUCAAAGUCCACUGGGAUUUGAAGCUAAUGAUGAGAUCACUGUGACUAGGCAGGUUGUUGUUGGAGGUAGAAGUAAGUAUCUUAUCAAUGGUGUGAGUGCUGCCAACAGUCGUGUGCAGGAUCUCUUCUGUUCUGUUGGACUCAAUGUCAAUAAUCCUCACUUCCUCAUUAUGCAGGGACAAAUUACCAAAGUUCUAAAUAUGAAGCCACCAGAGAUUUUAGCUAUGAUUGAAGAAGCAGCUGGAACUAGGCUGUAUGAGUCCAAGAAAACAGAGGUACAGAGAACCAUAGAGAAGAAGGAAUCCAAACUGAAAAACAUUCAAAUGGUCUUAAAUGAGGAGAUCAGUCCAACUUUACAGAAACUGAAAGAGGAACGAGCAUCCUAUCUAGAAUACCAAAAAUUAGUACGAGAAAUAGACCAUUUAAGCCGUUUUUGUGUAGCUUAUCAGUUUGUUCUGGCUGAAGAAACAAAGGUAUCCUCCAGUGAUAUAUUAAAGGAAAUGCAAUCUAAUAUAGAAAAGCUUCAGGAAUCAAGGGCUGAAAUUGAACAGAAGGUAAAACAACUUAAUGAAGACAUAGCGGAGAUGGAAAAGGAAAAGGAUAAGGAAGCUGGUUGUAAACUCCAUGAACUAGAAGCUGCUCUUUCAGCACAUCAAAGGGUUAAUACAAAAGCACGAAGUGCUGUUGAUCUCCAGAAGCAAAACUUAAAAGGUGAAGAGGUUAAGUACAAUGAAUUGGUAACACGUAUGCAGAAGGAUUCUAAAGCGUUAGUAUCAAAGGAGAAAGAAGUAAAGAAUCUAGAGAAAGAACUAAAUGUUUUACUGGAAGAAAGUGAAAAAGAUGCACAUGCUUUAGCUGCAGCACAACAGCAUUUUAAUGCUGUAUCUGCUGGCCUGUCCAGCAAUAAGGAUGGUGAAGAAGCUACUCUUUCAGGACAGAUGAUGAUCUGCAAAAAUGAAAUUAGCCAAGCACUAACAGAAGCUAAACAGGCUCAAAUGAAAUUGAAUUAUGCACAAAAAGAAUUAAAGGCAAAAGAAGCUGAAGUUAAAAAGAUGGAUGAAGGCUACAAGAAAGACCGAAAUGCAUUGGAAGCUGUCGAAAAAAUGAAAGUAACCCUAGAGAAGCAAAUAAAGGAGCUGAACUAUUCAGAAGAAAAAGGAGAAGCCCUCCUAGCAAAAAAGAAGGCAUUGAUUUCUGAUAUCAGCCGGCUAAGAGAACUGAGUGAAAAUUUAAUGGCAAAAUUUCCUCAUCUACAGUUUACAUACAAACAUCCAGAAAAAAAUUGGAAUCCAAACCAUGUGAAAGGCCCUGUUGUGUCUCUUUUCACUGUGAAAGAUCUAUCCAAUGCCAAAGCCCUGGAAGCGGUGGCUGGAGGGAAACUCUACAACAUUAUUGUGGACACAGAAGUUACUGGCAAAAAGCUUUUAGAGAAGGGUGAACUAAAGCAUCGAUACACCAUCAUUCCCUUAAACAAAAUUUCAGCCAGGUGUGUUCAAGAAGAUGUAGUCAAGUUGGCCCAAAGCUUGGCUGGGCGUGCUAACUUGCAUUUAGCUCUUUCUCUAAUUGGAUAUGAAUCUGAACUGCAGAAAGCAAUGGAAUAUGUCUUUGGAACAACACUGGUCUGUAAUAACAUGGAUAAUGCUAAGAAAGUGACUUUUGACAAAAGGAUAAUGACGAGAAGUGUUACUCUUGAUGGAGAUGUGUUUGAUCCCCAAGGAACUCUGCAUGGAGGUGCAUCCUCACAAGCUGCACCAAUAUUGUCUAAACUUCAAGAAGUGAAAGAUGUUGAACUAGAACUCAAGAAAAAGGAAUCUGAACUUGAAGCUGUAGAGAAUGAGUUGGCAAGCUUGAAGAAGGUUGCUGAAAGGUAUCAGCAGCUGAAGCAGCAAUGGGAGAUGAAGUCUGAGGAAGCAGAGCUGCUGCACAAGAAGCUUUGUCAAAGUGCUUACCACAAACAAGAGGAAGAGCUGAUUGCCCUGAAGAAAACCAUUGCAUCUUGUGAAGAGACAUUAAACAAAACUGAAGAGAACAAAAAGAAGGCAGAAAAAAAAUACAAGGAAUUAGAGAAUAAACUUAAAAAUGCAGAAGCAGAGUGUCUAAAAGAGCGAAAAAAUGCGGAGCAGAAUCUAGAUAAUGCCAAGAAAAAGGCAGACACUUCAAGCAAAAAAAUAAAAGACAUGCAGCAGGAAGUCAAAGCUUUAGUUCUGGAACUUGAAGAGCUGAAACAAGAGCAGGCCUCCUAUAAACAACAGAUAACAGCUUCAGAGGAAGCAAUCAAAUCGUACCAGAAUCAAGUUGAUGCUCUGGUGGCUGAAGUGGCUAAAACAGAGGAAUCUGUAGAGAGAGCACAGAAGGAGCUUGCCAAGCAAAAGGAAGUAAUUGCUUUACAUGAUAAUGCAAUUAAAGACAAAUCUGCAGAGAUGGUAAAAUACAGAGAACAAAAUAAUGAAUUACAGUUUAAGAUUAAAGAAUUAGAACACAACAUCACCAAAUGUCAACAAGAAGCUGCUGAUGCUGCUGCUAAGGUGGCCAAAAUGCUGAAAGAAUACAAGUGGAUAGCUUCAGACAAGCCACUCUUUGGCCAGCCAAACACAGCCUAUGAUUUCAAAAGUUGCAAUCCUAAAGAAGCAAGUGAGAAGCUGCAGAAAUUGCAAGAGCAUAAAGAGAAGUUGAGAAGGAAUGUGAACACAAGAGCUAUGAACAUGCUUUCUGAUGCAGAGGAAAGGUACAAUGACUUAAUGAAGAAAAAAAGAAUUGUAGAGAAUGACAAGAUAAAAAUUCUUGCAGUUAUUGAAGAGCUUGACCAGAAGAAAAAACAAGCUUUAGAUAUUGCUUGGAAAAAGGUGAAUGAAGACUUUGGUUCCAUUUUCUCAACACUCCUACCUGGAGCCAGAGCUGUGCUAUCAGCCUCUAAAACUGGCAGUCACUUUGUUGGUAUGGAGUUCAGAGUUGCCUUAGGAAACACCUGGAAGGAAAACUUAACGGAACUUAGUGGAGGACAAAGAUCGUUGGUGGCCUUAUCCUUGAUAUUAGCCAUGCUCCUCUUCAGGCCUGCCCCAGUUUACAUCUUAGAUGAAGUGGAUGCAGCCCUUGAUCUCUCCCAUACCCAGAAUAUUGGGCAGAUGCUUCAAACGCAUUUCAGACACUCCCAGUUUAUUGUGGUGUCCUUGAAGGACGGAAUGUUCAACAAUGCAAACGUCCUCUACAAGACCAGGUUUUUGGAUGGUGUAUCCACUAUUGCCAGAUACAGUCAGACUCAAAAUAAAAAAACAAAUCUGCCUGCAAAAACAUGCAAAAAAUAAAACAUUGACUGUGAAUGGUGAGCUAGGAAGAAUUGGUCUUCUACAUGCAGUAGAAAGCAAAUGUUCCCUGUUGCUUCCUAAUGUUUAUAAUGUUAUGUUUUCAUAUGUGUUAGUUCAUAUCUGCAUUUUAUUAAGAACUGAAAUAAAUAGGAAUUAGCCUGUUACAACCGGUUUUAUUAUAUUAAAACUAUAAGUUUUAUGGUGUGCUGUAAUUCCUUUCAUUCCUCUGUAAUAUUUACACAUAAAUGUAUAUAAGUAGUAGCUUUGUAAACUUAAAGCCUUCAGAUGAGGAAAAGCUGAUUCAGCUACCAGAGUUCUAUUCAGAAGACCUAUUGCAAAGUGUAGUAACAGUCUUCCUCACCUGACGCUGCUGAGUCAGGGAUGGACGGAAUGACUCCGUGGUUCAGAAGGCAAAAAAGAGAGAUCCUUUAUUAAGAGGUAUUUAUUAGAGGUUUUAUAACCAGGAUCGCUCAGGUCUCAAAGUAAAACCCUUUCAUACUAUUGCUGAACUAUGAGUAGCAUGCUCUGAAGGUACAUAUCCAUAAACAACAUGAACAGAAAGACAGAUCAUAAUUUUUUCAUUCUUCCUCUCUAAGUUUCCCAGGCCUGAAGCCUGGGAGAAUUCUCUUUGACUGAACUGAGAAUCUCCACAAUUGCCUCUUCAUUUAAAGAGGGAGCUGGUGUUUCUAGUCCUCUGCAGGACCCCCUGCAGGAAGGAGAACAAACACAGCUCAAGAGGUUUGUCAACUGUCAAUCAAAACCUCUAAUCAGACAUUGGAUCAGAAUGGUCGAGGAGAUCUCUAACUUGUAUUAUAAAUUCCAAGAAAUCAGUUACCAACUCUAGUAGAGUAACAAACCAUUGUCAGUCUGCCAAAGGACUGGCAGUCCAACUUGUCAAAACCAUUUCCCAGUGUGAGCAGAUGCCCACAUGGCAGAAAAGAAGGUAUUAAUAAACAUGUGCACAUACCCAAAUCAGCCCAAUUUGGCAAAAUGAGACAUCUGUUUGCCACAGCUGCAAACCUUUAGGCCUCUGGGAUUAUCCCAGCCAGUAAGGUGCAGCAGGUCAAGCCUUGGUUGGCUUUCAUAGAAAUUGCUUUUUGCAGGAUGUGUGCACUUUGAUAGAAGAAUCAUGCAAGGCUUUUGGCCUGUGCAGUCGUGUCCUGAAUAGAGUGAUAAAAUUGAACUUGGGUCCAAAUUGCAUCCUCAAAGUUUUCAAAACAAUUGAGUAGAAUUGACCAAAUUCAGAAACACUGGAGAAGACUUCUGGAAAGCCAUGGCAACAGCCCUUACUACAACCAGGCUGAGCCUAAGUUGUGAUGUUCCAGUCUGAUCUGAGCCGUCUAUGAAUAAGAUACCCACAUGUUGGGGUUUUUUUGGGGAUUUUUGUUUGUUUUGUUUUGUGGGGGGGUUUUGUUUGUUUCUUUGUUUUUGGGUUUUUUUUCCUCGGAAAGGCCAGCAGCAACAGGGGGUUUUAUGACCUUGGGGCAGGGCGGGGAACCCAGUCCCAGUGGGCGGACCAAGGACCCCAAACCUGGCCCACGGGGCGAGGUCUUUGCUUCCACAGCCUGCCCCCACCAUGCUGCGAGUGUCCCCGCCACAGGAGUGGCCGAACGCCUCCUCCUCCCCCCACUCCCUCCUUCCCAUCUGCCAACUGGUCCAUGUUGGCAGAUGGGAAGUGUGAAAUACAAAGCUGUGUUUCGUGUCAGGUACAUACAGGCAAUGUGCGUAUUUGUGAUUGCGAUAUGUGUGGAGACUGACAAUGGGACAGUUGCGAAUUCUAAUAAUAACUGAGGAAAGUAAAGCAUGGAAGAAGGCCUUUGAACCUAUCUUUUGUUUGCAAUUAACCCUCGUUGAUUUAGGAGCAUUGGAAUUAAAGCGUUAAAGAUGUUGCUUUUUUGCCUAUAGUUAAUCCUUAAAGAGUUCUGCAAUAAUAACCUUUUGAAGUAUAAUUUUAGAAUAUUGCUUGUAUCCUUGAAACUAUAGCUUUGGAAUAUAUAUAAAGGAAAUAUGCUUAUCUCACGCCUUAAUAAAGUAGAGAAAAACAGCUUGAGAAAGGAAGAUGAACAUCACCCUCAAGGAAUUAUGGUUUUGACCAAGGGAAGCUGGACAUCACUGUUAUGAGAUUUAUAGUCUCUGCAAUUAAAAGGUGGACUCACAUCUGGGGAGCUGGACUCCACCAGAUGGGAUUAGUCUUUCUUCUUUCGCAAACCAGACCACCACCAUCUGGGAAUACUCCUUUUGGGAUACAUCCUGAGAAAAACUAAAUCAAAAUAAAAAACUAAAUCACAAUUCGCUCUCUUCAACUUCCUGAAGGGUGGCUGUGGUGAGCUGGGCGUCGGUCUCUUUCUCCGGGCAACAACAGACAGAAC